AUGGCGGCCAACUUUAACCCAGGCAUCGUCUACAUGACGGCCAGCUUGGUGCUCUUCGCCAUCGCCGUGGUCCUUCAUUUCCACAGCCUGCACCUCUCGCUGCCCAUCUCCUCCACCAUCACCAUCCUCACCAUCAUCCUCCCCGUCGCCGCCUUUCUCAACGCCUUUGUCUACCCCAACCUCCUGCGCAACUCGUCCGCCACCGCCACCGACGACGACGACGACAACCGCGACGACGACCACUGGUUCCAGCGCGUCAUGCCCGUCGCCCUGCAGGGCCUCCAGGCCGUCACCACCACGGCCCUCGCCACCAUCCUCGCGGGCGGCUUCGUGCGCUCCAAGGCGCUCGACUGCGUGCUCGACGCCGAGUGGCAGGCCCUGUACGCCGCGCGCGACGGCGAGUCCAUUCGCUUCGUGCAGGACACGCUCCGGUGCUGCGGGUACGCGGCCGUCGAUGACCGGGCGUUUCCGUUCCAGAGCCUUAUUCGGCAGACGUGCGCCGAGAUUUACGGCCGCGAUCGCGCGUGCCAGGGGCCGUGGAGGGGCGCCAUGGAGACGCACUCAGGCAUUGCGUUUGGUGUCGUCCUCGCGGUGGGCUUGAUGCAGAUACUCGGUCUUGUCCUCAUGCGGUCUGGUACAAGCUGGUGGACUGCUCUCCGCACGCCAGAAGAUGAAGAAGAGCAGGGGUACGAUGAACAUAGCAGACUGCUAGGCGGCGAAGGGACGUCCCAACAAGCUGCCUCUUCUGCUCCUGUUGCUGGACCGUCAACUUAUGCUGAGGCGGCUCGAUAA